AGCCUUGCUAAAUAAUUGUUUCAAAACAAGAAGGAAAAAAAACGAAACCAAGUAGAAGCUGGGGAGAGGGGUUCAUAUCUUGUAACCUAAGUAAGCUAGCUCGGGGGAAAAGAAGAAGCCUUGAAAAGUUUUUCUUUUAAAAUCCCCCCUACACUCCAAUCCAGUCCAAUCCAAUCUCACCCUUCAUCUUAGAGUGUUCAACAAACCAUUUCUUUGAAUUGAAAACCCCUAAUUUGUUCUUGUUUUGAAAACCCUAGUUAGUUUAAUCAAACAAGAAAUGGGGAUAAUUAGGAGUGGAUUUCAGAUCAUACUUGGUACGGGAUUCGGGAUUUAUAUUGCUCAGAACUACAAUGUUCCUAACAUUAAAAAGCUUGUAAAUACUGGAAUCGUAAUGGCUAAACAUAUUGAAGAGAAUUACAGGAAGCCGAAGAAGAAGGGAGAAGAAGAUGCAUAGUAAUUCAAGAGAGAAAGUAAUGUUAGGGUUCAGCAACUCAGGUUGUUACUCUUCUUAGUUUGAUUUUGAUUUUGGUUUGUGUAUUUCCUUCUUUUUUGUUGGCUAUGGUGAAUAAUAGUAGAUUCAACUGAAAAAUUAAUACUUAAUAUAGUUGAAGCUUUGAAUUAAUACUUAAUCUGAUUUUAAUGGGAAACAUGCUCUGUUCUUUCUUUAAUUGAUUAAUUAAGGAAUUCUGCUU